AUGAGAAUCCUAUGUACUUUUAUUUUUUUUCUAGUGGAAAGUAUGGAGCCAUUCAUAGAAGAGUUCAAGAGGCUUCAAAGAGUUAUUUAUAAAUCCACAAAUUCGUAUGGAAGCACUCUCUAUUAUAGAAAUGUAGUGCAUGUAAGCAGGCUAAUUAAAAAGUAUUUAAAAUCAGAUAGUACAAAAAAAACAAAAGAGCUUCUAGUGGGUGAAAUACAAGAUAAGUGUCAGACUGCAUAUGUAUCGCUAAGCAGUAAUAUAGCACUGGGUCACAAUUUAGGGCUAUCUAUAGGUCUCAUGGCAAUAAUUGCAAAGCUGUAUAGCCAGAGCAAAAGGCUUAACUCACAAAGUAUUUCUAACUGUAAUUCUUAUGUCAUUCAGCCAAUAGACAGCAGCACAGAAGAAGAUGUAAUAAGUGAUAUAUUCAAAUAAAAGAUAGAAAAACAAAUAUAUUUAUAAAUAAGCCAGCACAACACCAAACUAAUAGGAAUACUACAGUCAG